AUGGCCCGGCAAUUGAGCCUCGAGAACGCUCGCGCGAUUCUCUCAACGCUCGUAUCAUGGCGAACCCUUGCUCUUCUCCUCGCGAUCCUCAAUCUCAAAAACCUUCCUUUAGUCUGGCACGUCCGCCUAGCCCGGCACUUCCUCCUCAACAUCCGCUGGCGCCGCGACGAGCCCUUCUUCCCCAAAGGCAAAGCCCUCACAACAUCGACCGGGAAACCCACGCACCCGAUCUUCGUCCCCUACGCCAUUACAAGCACAACUCCACUCCUGGAAACAGACUACAACCUCCAUAAAUCCAACAGCACAUAUUUCUCAGACCUCGACGUCUCCCGCACCGCCCUCGUAACCCGCAUCUAUAGCCCGGGCGUCGGCAUUACAAGCAAAGAGCUCGAUGUCGAACUGGCCGAGAAGGCCCGCGCAGAAGGCAAGACCCCUCCGCCACGGAAGAACAUGUACAUCGCACUCGGCUCAGUGUUUUGCACCUUCAAGCGCGAGAUCAAGCCGUACACGAAAUACGAAGUCGAGUCCCGCGUUCUGGCCUGGGACCAGAAGUGGAUGUAUAUUCUGAGUUUCUUUGUGAAGCCCGCGGUGAAGAAGGGCGGGAAGAGGACGCUCUAUGCCACGGCUGUCAGCAAGUAUGUUGUUAAGAAGGGACGACUUACGAUCCCGCCGGAGAGAGUGUUAAGGGCGAGUGGGUUUCUGCCAGAGCGGCCGGAGGGCUCUGCGUCUAUUGCGGCUCUGUCAGAGUCGGCGGAUGCGUCUGGGACGGAUACGCCUUCUGGAAAUGGGAUAACGGCGACGGCGAGCGGUGUGGAUGGGAGGCUUGUAAGGGAGGUGUUGAAGCUGCAAGACCAUGAGAUUCCGGACAGUGGGAAGUUGAACGGCGAGAAGGCGGCAAAUGCGUCGUCAUGGGAUGGCGAUGAGUGGACUUGGGAGCGCAUUGAGGAGGAGCGAUUGCGUGGGAUGGCUGUGCUGGAGGGGUUCUGUGAUUUGGAUACCAGCUUGGCUGGGGAAUGGGAGGAGUAA